AUGUGGCAUGUCGACUGGACGGACCCGAGCCGAGAAUUGGUCGGCGAACACAGGGCCAACAAGGGAAAGGAAAGGGAAAGGGAAAGGGAAAGGGACAGGGAAAGAGAAAGGGAAAGAGAACGGGGAGGAGAGAAGAGAAAGCAAAAGGAAAAGGAAAAUGACAAAGUAGAGGAAAAUGGAAAAAGGAAGGGGAGGGGAAACGGGAAGGGGGAGGAAAGAAGAUCACGGGGCGAUUCAUCACGCAGUUCCAUGUCGAGCUCGCGAUGUUCUGGCGAAUCGGCACUUGCUCGUCUCAAGGCACGUGGGCUGAAGCAAUUCCAUACAAGCAGGGCAAAAAACACACACUUGGCAACAUGGCGAAGACCGUCGUCGACCCCCUCGACCUCGCCCAAGCCGUCUGAUUUAAUGAGCCGGCGCAGUUCCGCCGUCGAUACAACCCUAGACGAUUUGCGAUCAUUGGAAAAUCUGAUCAUAGCCGACACGGAACAGCCUCGCAAGGGUGCGAUUUCAAUACCGCAAUCCCAUGCUUCUUCCCCUUGUCGAGCUGACCCAAUGAGAGGAAUGCUGUCGUCAGACGACACGGGGAAGGCGGCCAAAAACACAACAUCGCAAUCUGCCCCCGUACAAGUUACCCAUCAAGCUGAGCACAAUCCACGCCCGCCGCUCGAGGCCAUGGUGCGCUCGCCCAUCCUUGACCCCGUGGGCCAGAAGAGCAAGGCUUCUAUCCUUCCGAGCCCGGAUCACGGCGAGUCCGCGACGUCCCCUCAGACUCCGGUUAAAUGCACUCAAAUUGCAGACUAUCAAGCGAGGCUCAUUUCCCUCGCAACCCAGCAGCCCCCUGUAGUCUGGCCGUUGAAACCAGCGCCUCGCCCCCCAGACUCACUUCCCACCGACCCUUCGGGCACCCAAGACCUACCACUUGAAAACCAUCGGGCCAUCAUGGCUCAUAGACCAACGAUGCAAUCUGCACGGAACCGAGAAGCUGUUGCUGCUUAUGGUCAGUCGCGACCAUCUCUCGUUUUUGAGGCAAUGAUGUGUGAGGUCGCAGCGAUGGCGCGUGCGACUCCUGCCGCCACGCUUUCUAGGUUAUAUGAGAUAUGGGUGGGCGAUGCAGUCACGGAGGCGGAAAAGGUGAGAUGGAUGCUGUCGACGUUGACUCACCUCGACCUCCCUACGAUUGCAGAUGCAACGAGACAUCAAGGGGGCAAUAGGAUUCCUCCAGAGAAGAUCCACAAUGUCUUAGCCUUGUACGAGUCUCCAGCUUCGUCCCUAUACAUCGCCGCCCUUAAUCCAACCAAGCACAUAUACCACCUGUCGAGCACUCCAUUGCUUGAUGAAAUGGCCCCCAAUAUCCAUUCCAUACCCGCACCCCCCGUUUCCUCGCCGGGUAUGCCAGUGCUGCCCCAGAUCUUCGAGGCGGUCUAUUCCUUCACUCUGCCACCACUUGGCACUUCAUCGGAUCUAGAGAACUUGAUUCACCGUGUCGGCGAAAGCCUGAAGCCCGGCGGUAUAUUUCGCUUAACUAUUAUCGACCCGUUGCCCUGCCAGCAUACACUCGGCAACACGUUAGGUGGAUGGCUUGAGAAGCACUUGCUGGAAAAUCUUGAAGACAAUUCGAGGUGCACGAACCCAACCAAAACCAUCCCGCCGUGGCUCGGCAAGGCUUCACUGCGUGCAGAAGGCAGCACCAGGACGAUUGCCAGGUUUUAUGCCGUACCAGAGAACGUGACAUUCCAGCCGUGGGAUGUGAACCCCCUUGCCAAGAGGUUUCGAGCCGAUCAAACGAUCAAGGCAGAGAUCCGAAGCCUCAUCGGCCGCAUCCUCUGGAAGGAGGUCUGGGGCGAGUAUGUGACAGCCAGCUCCUGGUGGUGGGACGAUGAUGCCUGCGUUCAAGAGUGUCUCGAGCUUGGUACCUUUUGGGAGUAUCAUUUGAUCGAGUCCGUCAAAGGCAGCGAUUGGAUUUGA